CUUCCCUGCCCGGAUGUUUGUGGAGGAGAGAAUGUCCGUUAUUUUGGGAAAUUUUGUUUCUUCCGUUUCUUGACGUCGUUAAUUGGAUUCGGAUUGAAGUUGUCAACUGGAGUUUCAAACCUGUAGAUUUUUGUCGCGGCGGUGUUUGGGGGUCUGUUGAUUUAACCAACUGAGGUGAUCAGGGGGGGAAGAGUUUGAAUUUCCCGCCGGCCGGGCCUCAUGCAGAGCAGCGACAUCGGAGCCCGGGAGCGGGGCAAGAUCUGGCAUCGAAGGCCCAGCCCCUUGGUAGCCGACGGUGUCAUAGUAAACGUUACUCAUAGUGUUGUGGGCUAUCACUCAAAGACCAUUCGAUUUCUUCAUGUUGCAUUUGAUGCUGCAGGGGAAGCUUUUCUUGCUGGUGAUCACCAGGGCAACAUCUACCUCUUUGACUUGAGCAGAAAUAGCUUUAAACUAGUGCAGCGAACAGGGCAGGCAUGUACAGCAUUGGCUUUCAACCUCCGAAGGAAGACAGAAUAUUUGGUCGCUCUGGCAGAUUACUCUGUGAAAUGUUUUGAUACAGACACAAAGGAGCUUGUGAGUUGGAUGAGGGGACAUGAGUCUGCCGUUUCAUCCAUUUCUGUUCAUGGAUCUGGAAGAUAUGCGAUCACUACAUCUUCUGAUGCAGCACAACUGUGGGACUUGGACACAUUCCAACGAAAGAGGAAACUGAAUGUACACUUGUCAGUUGGCAUUCAGAAGGUUUAUUUCCUGCCAUUGAGUAAUACUAUCAUCAGUUGCUUUAGGGAUGAUUCUAUCUUUGCCUGGGAAAGUGACACACUGCAUUGCAAGUACCAAUUACCAGUACCAGAAGACGAAUCCCGGAUCACUUAUAGAGCUUUUGCUGUUACCAGGGAUGGUCAGUCUCUUGUAGCAGGAGGAAAAUCCAACUUUCUUCACCUCUGGUGCCUGAAUGCCAGGCAGCUUCAGCGGAUAAUUCAGAUGCCUCCAAAAGUGCGAACAGUUCGACAUCUGGAAUUUCUCCCCAACAGUUUUGAUGGUGGAUCAAGCCAGGUCAUUGGAGUCUUGAGUCAGGAUGGCAUAAUGAGGUUUAUCAACGUCCAGACCUGCAAGCUGCUUUUUGACAUUGGAAGCCUCGAUAAUGGAAUUAACACCGUGGCAAUCAGUCAAAAUGGACAUUAUAUUGCAGCAGUCUUAGAGGAUGGCAGCCUUAACAUUUACAGUGUCAAGGCUUUGUCACAGGAAUUAAACAAGCCUCCUCCUCCACUGGUUAAAGUUGUUGCAGACAGCAAGAAGACCAAGGACUCUAAAAACCAGAAUGGUGUGUCUGGCCUGAAAAUGAGAGUGACAUCUGGACGAGUAGCAAGACCUUUGGGAGGAAAGUCAGCUGGGAAGAAAAUCCAGACCAGAGUCCUAAAGCCCUCAGGCAGCAUUAUGGAGGACAAGGAGAAUGUGCUUCCAGCAGGCCUGAAUAAAAAGCGGCUACAGGCCCUGCUGAAAGAAUUUGGAGAAUAUCCAGAGAAGUACAGGAUGUUUAUUUGGCGUUCUUUACUGCAAUUACCUGAGAACCAUGCAGCUUUCAGUAGCCUCACUGACAAGGGUACACAUGCUGCAUACCUGGGAAUUCAUGAAAGAUAUCCCAUCAAAAGUCGAAAACUCCUAAGGGUUCUUCAAAGGGUUUUGUCAGCCAUGGCUCACUGGUCAGCCAUCUUUGCUGAGGUCUCUUACCUUCCACUACUCGCAUUUCCAUUUGUCAAACUCUUUCAAAACAACCAGUUGAUUGGGUUUGAAGUUGUUGCUACCAUAAUAAUAAGUUGGUGUCAACACUGGUUUGAGUACUUUCCAAAUCCUCCAAUAAAUAUCCUCAGCGUGGUUGAGAAUAUUCUGGCUCACCAUGACAAAGAAUUGCUGCAGCACUUGGUGAAAUACAACAUAACCUCACAGUUAUAUGCCUGGCCUCUUAUGGAAACACUCUUCUCAGAGGUGCUAACGAGAGAGGAGUGGCUUAAACUAUUUGAUAAUGUUUUCUCCAAUCAUCCGUCCUUCCUGCUGGUGGCAGUAGCGGCCUAUUUAAUUUGUUCACGAACUCCUCUGCUCCAGUGCAAUAUUAAAGGAGACCUUGAGCAUUUCUUCCAUCACCGUAACAACCUGGACCUAAGUGCCGUGAUCAAAGAAGCAUACCAUCUUAUGGAUACCACACCUGAGGAUAUCAACCCCAAACGCAUGUUGGAUGACUUUGUACCACUAACCAAAGGGCAGUAUCCAAUAUUUAACAAAUAUCCAAAGUUUGUUGUUAACUACCAGACUAAAGAACGUGAGAAGAUCUGGCAUGAGGAGUUGGAUUAUUUAAAAGAAAGGCAGUUGGCACAUGGGCUGCAAGCUGAAAGUGUUAAGAGGCAGGCUGAGAAUGCAGCCUGGUACCGGCAACAACAGUUACUGCAGGAAGCUGAGGAGCAGAGGAGAAAGAUCCUGCUUGAAGAGGAACAAAAACUUGUAGAACAGAGAGUAAGGCUUGCCGCUAUGAAGCGUGAAUUGAAGGUAAAAGAACUUCAGGUCUUGGAUGCAGCACACAAGCGCUUCCUGAAACAUCAGCAGGAACAACAAAAAUCUGAAUUAAGGCGGCUUGAUGAUGAGAUUGAUAGGAAGGUUGCUCUCCGAAGCAAGGAAACAGCUGCCUUAAUUCAGGACAUUGAAGUCAGAAAUAUGGAACUGGACAUGCAAAAAAAAAUAUUUGAGCAACAACUUGCCAAGGAUCAGGAGACUGUGAUGCGGGGUGUGAAAGGACACUUGGAUACCAAUUGGAUCAAGGCAGAUGUUGAAGAACAGAAGUUUAAGAGGGUACUGGAGAUGGACCAAGAUCCAAAUGUUGAGGAUUAUAAGAACAAUGAAGAGGAGUUAGCCACAGCUGAUCAGCUGUCUGCCGCAGUUGGCUGGCAAGCACAGAUGCUGCACAAGCAAAGGGUGUACAAUUUGGAUCAGAAGAAAUGCCAAACACAGUUGGCACACCUUGCCAGUGAGAGCAGAGAAAGGGAGACCAAGCUGUUGCAGAUGACAAAGGAAGUUGAAGGCAAACGGUGGGAUGAGGUUGUUGGAAGGCAUGUUCAGCCAAAAGCAUCACAGCAAGAGAGGGCUGCUGCUGAGGCUCAGAGACCCCCAUUGUUGUUGGAUGAAAUGAGUCGAGCAGCGGAACAUGAUGGAGAUCUGCACAAAAACUUAUUUGAGGGGCUUUGUCACACAAGUACUAAAUAUCCAACGAAACAAAGAAGGGAUCCAUUACAAGGCAGUGGAGAGGAAAAUCCUGGCAGUCUCUGUUUGAACAAUGUGUCUUUGGACUCCUCUGUGCAGUUGUCUUUAGACAGAGGAAGGGCUGACCUGGAAAGCAAAGAGCGUGAAUUAAUGACUGGAAUACAAGAGCUGAGACAAAAACUAACAACGCGGGCUCGUCAGAGAUAUUCCACCAGCUCCCUGGCAGAUGAGAUGAUAUAUACUCAUUAUUAAAUGACUUUUCAGUUAAAAUGCAAUCUAUAUAUUAAUAUUUAUUAGUACUUAACUUUUGGUGCAAUACUCUGUUGAUUACUCUUCUGUUUUGAUCAGAUUGAUAUGAAAUCAAGUUUAAUUUUGUAGUUAUGUACAGUGUGAUUAAGAUGUGCAUAUCAUGAUUCUGUUAUUAUUAAAAGUUGCUGCUAUUGUACAGAGUUGGCAAUAAAACCACAGGGAAUUUU